UAUAUUCUAAAUGGUCGUGACGUCGCAGUCUCAUCUCGCGAGAUUGUGACGAACUGUGGGAGAGCUGGCCUGAAGGAACCGGGGAGCUGGACAUUUAUACGGCGUUGCGGGACAUUUAAACAGCCACCCGGGACUGCGGGCUCUGUCCCGCGAAAAGCGGGACUGUUGGGCGGUAUGUCUUAACUUUCCGAAGGCUACCGGGUGGAAAGAUCAUUUAAAGAACAUUACUUUAACAAUGGGGCCCCGGCGGAAAUCGGUGAAGCCAUGUAGGACCAACAGCGAAGGACUGGAGAAUAGUAAAGGCAGUGAUCCUAAAGAUUACAUGAACCAGCUCUCCCAUGAAGUGCUCUGCCAUAUUUUUAAGUAUCUACCUUUGCAGGAUAUUAUGUGUAUGGAAUGCCUUUCACGAAAGUUAAAGGAAGCUGUGACACUUUAUCUACGUGUUGUAAAGGUAGUUGAUUUAUGUGCUGGACGUUGGUGGGAGUAUAUGCCCACAGGUUUCACUGAUUCCAGCUUCUUAAAGUUACUAAAGAAGAUGCCUGACAUAGAGCAGCUUUAUGGCCUUCACCCAAGGUAUUUGGAAAGGCGCAGAGUUCGAGGUCAUGAGGCAUUUAGCAUUCCUGGUGUGCUGGAAGCUUUACAGUCUUGCCCAAACCUCCUGGGUGUAGAGACUUCACAUCUAGAACUUGUGGAAGCUAUUUGGACUUACAUGCCACAAGUUCAUAUAUUGGGGAAAUUUAGGAAUCGUAAUGGAGCAUUUCCUAUCCCACCAGAGAAUAAACUGAAAAUUCCUAUUGCUGCCAAAAUCCAAACGCUACACUUAGUUGGUGUAAAUGUACCUGAAAUUCCCUGCAUCCCAAUGCUGCGUCACCUCUAUCUAAAAUGGGUACGCCUGACCAAGCCCCAACCUUUCAAGGACUUCUUGUGCAUCACACUGCGGACCUUUGUAAUGCGCAACUGUGCUGGGCCCACCAAUUCUUUGAAAUAUGUGCCACUGGUCACUGGUUUGGCUUCUGCUCGCAAUUUAGAACAUUUAGAGCUUGUUCGAGUACCUUUUCUGGGAGGUUUAAUUCAACAUGUUGUGGAAGACAGCUGGAGGUCUGGUGGUUUUCGAAAUUUGCACACCAUUGUCUUGGGAGCAUGCAAAAAUGCAUUAGAAGUGGAUCUUGGCUACCUCAUAAUUACAGCUGCUAGAAGGUUACAUGAAGUACGCAUCCAGCCUUCCUUGACCAAAGAUGGAGUAUUUUCAGCCCUGAAAAUGGCCGAGCUUGAAUUCCCCCAGUUUGAGACUCUACACUUAGGAUAUGUGGAUGAAUUUUUGCUACAAUGUAAAAUGACAAAUUCAGAUCUUAUGAAGUUUGGCUUAGCUGAUGUGGCUGAGAACCCCGGAAUAAUAACAGAUAUUGGAAUGAAGGCUGUGAAUGAGGUGUUCUCCUGUAUCAAAUACUUGGUCAUAUACAACUGUCCUCAUCUUCAUAAUCCCAAAAAUUGGAUCUCGGAUCACUCACGAUGGAGCCGGCUGGUCGAUCUUACUCUGGUGCGCUGUCAUGCAAUUAAAUUAGAAUCCUUUAGUCAGUUUGUUGAGCUACUUCCUAGCUUAGAGUUUAUUUCAUUGGACCAGAUGUUUCGUGAACCUCCAAAGGGCUGUGCACGAGUGGGUCUCAGUGCUGGAACAGGCAUUGGUGUCUCCUCAGCACUGGUGAGCAAUCAAAAUUCCAACAAUGAGAAUGAAAACAACAACAAUCACCACAAUAACAACAACAACCUGCAGCACAACAACAACCAUCAGCCACCUCAGAACCCACCACCUCCACAAGAAGCUGGUAUCCAGCCAGAACCAGAACCCAGGCGUGAUAAUCUAGCAGAAGAACAACAGAUUGCUGCUGAGGCCUUAAAUGAUAUAGAGGAUGUUUCACAAGAUGAAAUAAGACCUGUGGAUGAAGGAAAUGGCAUUGAUCAUGCAGCUCCCCAUCCAGCUGUAUUACCCAUGGAGAUGGAUGAGGAACGAGCAGGACCCAGUGGACUGCAACCUGUGGUUAAAGGUGCUCCUAUCACAGUCCAUGAUUCAGACAGUGAGGACGAAGAUUUUAUUGUGGGCUUUUCCAGCACCAACACUACAUCUCAGAAUUAUUCUCAUGAAGAUGAUAAAAGACCACAAAUGGCCGAGGAAAAAAAUAACACAGUUAGUGGAAAAGGCAAAGCCCCACUGCGCAAAAAGUGUGUUGUUGGGGUGAAAAGCCUUCCAGAGCACAAUCUGCCCAGUGAAGAGACUAGUUGUGAGAAAGGAUGCCAGGUUACCAGUGAACAGAUAAAAGCAGAUAUGAAAGCUGCCACUGACUUGCCUGAUAGGAGCAAAAACGAUGGUGCAUCUGAAACAUCAGCUGCAGAUGGCAUGAUGAAUGAUUAUGAAACUCCUCCUCAAGAUGUGGACAACGAGCAGUCUUUAAAUGGCAGUAUUGAUGCCCUAGAAGAAAUGGAGAAAUGUAGCUGCAGCGGGACAAAUGCAUCUCAGCCCAUUGUGGAAGGGCAGGAAUCUAAUACAAUGUGUUCCCAUUGCUCCAAAAAUAUAAAAAUGGAGCAGCAAAAUGGCAGGACUACAGGGUCUCUGGAGAGUCAACCAUCAACCAGUAGGUCCUCUCCAGAAAAUAGCCCAGAAUAUGCACUCAGGACUCCGCCAGUUGGGACACAUAGGACUAAUGUAACAAUAGGCAUAGAUCCAAGUGCAUCGCCUGCCUGCAGCCGUUUAGGUCCUGAGGUAAACCGGACACAAAGGCCUUUAACAAGAUCACGGGCAAGACUUUCUCAGGUGCCCCUGGUGACUGAUAGUGAGUCUCCAUCUCUGAAAAGCAAGAAAGCUGUGAAAAGGAAGCGUACAGCAGACAAAUCCACGAGCACCAGCGACCCUGUUAUUGAGGAUGACCAUGUACAGGUGCUGAACCUCAAAUCAAAAAAUUUGGUGGGCAUUACACUAACCAACUGUGGAAUCACAGAUUUAGUUCUUAAGGACUGUCCUAAAAUGAUGUUUAUCCAUGCUACACGAUGUCGUGUAUUGAAGCACUUGAAGGUAGAAAAUGCUCACAUUGUAAAUCGGUUUGAUUAUGCACAAUGUAAAAAGCUGAAUAUGGAGCAAGUAUUGGAUCAGAUUCUCCGGAUGCCCCCUGAGAGGAACCGUAUCAUUUAUCUGCGGCCCAUGCACCAGGUGGACACUCUUAGCUUGGAACGGAAGAUAUUCAGUGGACCAUACCCAUACCACAUCUGUAUAAUACAUGAAUUUAGUAACCCUCCCAAUGUCAGAAAUAAGGUUCGUGUUCGAAGCUGGAUGGACACAAUAGCAAAUAUAAACCAAGAGCUCAUUAAAUAUGAAUUCUUUCCUGAAUCCACACGGACUGAGGAAGAUGUAAAGAAAUACACAAAGUACCCCUGGGGUCGAGACAUUUACACGCUGGAAGGUGUUGUAGAUGGCGCACCCUACUCCAUGAUCACAGAUUUCCCCUGGUUACGUUCACUCCGUACCGCAGAACCAAACAGCUACGCCAGAUAUGACUUUGAGGAUGAUGAGAAGACCACGAUAUACGCACCAAGGAGAAAGGGGCAGCUUUCAGCUGACAUUUGUAUGGAAACCAUUGGCGAGGAAAUAUCUGAACUGCGCCAGAUGAAAAAAGGAGUGUUCCAGCGAGUUGUUGCCAUAUUUAUUCAUUACUGUGAUGUUAACGGGGAACCUGUGGAAGAUGAUUACAUAUAAAAGGAAGGCUUUGCUGAUCACAAUGAGCAGGAAACUUGAAAGACAAGUUGGCACACUAGCGGCAAUAAUAAAGUUGCUCACCAUCCAGCGCAGAAACUUAAUUGUAUGGGGUGAGCUCAGCUGUGGCUGUAUCUGAGCAGCUCUCCAAACUCAGUCUUCCUGUAGCUAUGUUGGUAUUGUUUUGAAUAUGGAAAGCGUUCAGCCACAAGAAGGCAAAGAUUAUGUCGCUGACCACAAAAGCUCGGCCUUCUAACACAUUCUUGUUCCAUAGACCUUGAUGAUUACAAAUUGAUUGACUAUGUUUUCAGUCCUACAUCUGAACAGAUGGAGGUACAACUAUGUCUAGGCUUCCCUAAUUGUUGACUGCUGAUAACUAGGGGUCUCUGGCUCUUCUUUAGAGAAGAUGAUGGGUAUUUCCAAACCAAGGAAGUUAUAUGCUCUUAAGGGAAAGGAGUAAAAACAGUAUCCGUUUUCUCUUUAUAUGUGUUUAAUAAUGAUCAGAUUACCUUAGGCCGCACAUUUUGACUGCUGGAUUUAUUACCGAUUUAGUUUAAUGUACAAUUUCUACUGCACUAUUUAUAGAGCUCAUAUUACACAUUAUAGCCCAAGUUCUAAUAAAUAUUUCCAGAUAGAUGUUGCUGGGCAAAUCAGGCCAAGUUAAAAACUGUGCUGGAUUGUCACAGAUAUUUGACAUGUAGAUAGGUUUUGUGUCUUGCACUAAGUAAAAAUGAGCUGACAGAGUAAAACAAAUGAGAGCCAUACUGAGAGACUUUACAGAAAAGACAAUUUUCAGUAAAGACUGUUUAGUAGCCAAAUAAUGUUUUGAUGCAAUGUUCAUUCACUUUAGUUACAGAAUUCUGAAAUUAUAUGGUUCCAUAGAUCAGCCACAAAAUGGUUGCUAUCGUUUACAAGACUAAGUAAUUUGCACUGUUAUGUUCUGCUAAAUAAGGCCACAUUUAUAGAGGCAGUUUCUGAUUAAAAACAGAAAAAAAACGUUA